UGAUGCCGUGAGGCGGGGACGGCGCUCGCUUGAAGAUGGCGGCGGCGGCGGCGGAGGAGCAGCUUUCGGACCGCGACAGGGUGAAUAUAGCUACCAACUUCAUCAUGCAUGCACCACCAGGAGAAUUCAACGAGGUAUUCAAUGAUGUGCGUUCAUUAAUGAAUAAUGAUGCCCUCCUCAAGGAUGCAACUGUUCAUGCAUUUGCACAGUAUAAUAUGGACCAGUUCACUCCUGUGAAGAUAGAGGGCUAUGAUGAACAGGUCUUGGUUACAGAGCAUGGAAAUCUGGGUAACGGAAGAUUUACGGAUCCAAAGAAUAAACUGUCAUUCAAAUUUGAUCAUGUGAAGAAAGAAGGAAGUGAUAUUCACCCUCAGGAGGGUGAGCCUGCGAUAGAGUCUUGGAGAAGUGCCUGUGAUAAUGCAGUGCGGUCGUAUGUGAAAAACCACUAUCCCUAUGGCAUCUGCACUAUCUAUGGUAAGACUAUCAACGGACAGCAAACUAUUAUUGCUUGUAUCGAAAACCAUCAGUUUCAGCCUCAUAAUUUUUGGAAUGGACGUUGGAGAUCUGAGUGGAAAUUCAAUAUUGGUUCAUCAUCAGCUCAGCUUACUGGAGUUCUGAAAAUCCAGGUCCAUUAUUAUGAAGAUGGUAAUGUUCAGUUAAUGAGUCAGAAGGACAUCCAGGAAACCUUGCCAAUUACAAAUGAAGCCCAGACUGCAAAGGACUUUGUGAAACUGAUUGAAGCAGCAGAGCAGAGUUACCAGACUGCCAUCUGUGAAAAUUACAAUGCCAUGUCUGACACCACGUUCAAAGCCUUGAGGAGGAACCUGCCAGUUACUCGCACCAAGGUCGACUGGAACAAGAUCAUGAGCUACAGAAUUGCUCAAGAGAUGCACAGUGCUUAAUGCAAACUUAUACAGCGAGGCUUAAUGUCAAUGUGUGGAAAAGAAAGUGUGGUCUCACAAAACAACUCUCCAGUCACCACCCCUACCCCCGCCCCCCGAUCCCCCCUUUUUUUCUCUCUCCCCUCCAACUCCAUGAAAUAUUGACUAUUUUCCGAUGAACCAGCUUGAUGACUGAUAUUAUUGAAGUAAUGUUUGUUUUGGAAGUUGGUAGAAAGUGAUUUAAACACAUAUUUAGCCUGUUUGGUUGAGUUGAAUUGGUAAUAUGCAGCCCUAUUGCUGUCUGCAUUGCUAAAGUAUGAGGAUGUUUUGUUAUCUGAUGUCAAACAAAUUUCUAUUCAUUCGGGUUUUGGGGUUAAAAUUGUAGUAAUUUUAAAUCUUAAAUGCAGUUGCUCAUGGGAUUGCAGCCAAUAUGGUGGGUAAUAGCUUGAGGGUUAUAAUAACUUUGCUUAGCAGCUGAUUAACAAUUAGAAUUUAUUUUAUGGUCACAAAAACCUUUUAAAUAGUAACUGAUGUUUCUUGGACUGUUACAGCUUUAGAUUAUCAUCAUGACCUUGCUCUUUCCCUUAAUUUCUUUCACCCCCUUUCUACUUUUUGUGAGGUCACACCUUGUUGCAUCGCUGUUGCAAAGGCAGGAUGGUUUGGUGUUUAAUACUUUGUUUUUUUAAAAAAAAAUUCAGAAACCAGGCAAGCUGGCUCUGCGUUAAAGCACUGCUUUACUGAAGAAAGCUUGAAGCAACGGUGUUUGAUGUCUUCCAUCCCCCCGCUCCUUUCCUCGCCCCUCACCCGACAAGUCUGAAUGACCUCUAUCAUGUUGUUGAAAAUACUGUACAUUCUUCCAUCUGAUUGACGGUUCCUGUGUGUCACCCUUUUCAUUGGGUAGUACUCAGUUGUCACAUUCUCUGCCUUUUCUGCAUUUUGAUUAAUUGCACUCUUACACUGCAAGGAACUGGAAAAUCAGACUGGAAAACUACACCUAGUGAGGGGUUUGGGGUGGGGAGGGAUUGGAAACUAAUGUGAACAAUUCGGUGUAUUGUUCUUCCUCCCAAACCUGUUUUACCUCAUUUUUUGAUACUUAAUAACUGUAACCAAUGGCAGAAACCGUGCACCAGCAGAUGGGAAAGGCCACUUGCUUACUUUGGCAGGAGCAGUUUAGAGGCGGUAAAGAAUGGAACCUGAAGCACAUUGAUUGUUUGAAGAAGGAAACUACAAGCAAAAAAGGAUGAGAACAGACAUUGAGGCGGUGAUCACCUUGAGCAACCCUGUCUUGCUCCGUUAUAAUACUUGCCUAAAGUCCUGAUUUAAAAUGUUUGCCUGACCUGUGGCAUCAUAUGCCACUUCGUGAAGCUAGUUCUGUUCCAUUCCUGAUGGUAAUGAGAAGGAAUCGAUGCACCAGGAAUAUGUGGCUAACUGGAAUUUAGGGUAGAGAGAGUGGAUGUUGCAUCUUUUUGUUUAAAAGAUUCCAAAUUGUUUCAGUCCAACAUCUACUGGUCAGUUCCUGUAACCUUUUCUGACCAGUGAAUGGAUAACUGGAUGGAAAUGUAGAAACAGAACUGAAGGAAGGUGACCGUAAGUUAAAUUGCGGUUAUUGGUGUUUAAUAUUUUUACUGUAUUAACUUGCACAGGACCAAUGUAAAGCAAAGUCGAUGGAACAAGUGGCAGCCUAGUAUUAUCCAUACAAAUAUUUUUUACAGAAUUCUGCACUGGUAACAUUUUUACAAAUAAGACAAGUUGUAAUAUAACUCCUUAACUCAAUCUCCAAAAAGGCUUUGCUUUUUACUUAAAAUGGAUUGUUUUGUACUGUAUUUUGCUUUUAUUAAAUUUGAAAUGCUA